ACGCAGGUGUGGUUGAUGCUAUAUAAGGCGAAUGUUUCCUGGCCACCCUCCACUACAUUUGCGACCACCUAGCAGAUAACGCUGAAUACGCAUCAACUACAACUGACUACUGCGUCCACUGAGCAACAACAGCUAAGAGAUGAGACAGCAGUGUGUCUACUGGUUCGGUCUCGCUAUUCUCCUGGCCAUCAUUUACAUUUCUUCGGCCCAGAAUUUCUACAGCAGUGGAGGUCGGUAUGGCAAACGGACUCUGGAAUCACCAACACUCCAAGACACAAAGCUUAAUCGGAGGUCAAGCCGGGUAUGGGGCAGAGGCUCUGGUGAAAUACAACAGAUUGCACCACGAGCACAGUUCUUUCUUGGAAGCAGAUAUGGAAAAAGGACAAUAUCCGACACUGACUCUGGUGAGAAGACAGUGGAUCAACUAACGUGUCAGUUCACAUGAACUGUUCAACUUUUUGGUGUUAACCUGUACCUUUUUCAAUAGAUAAUUGACAGAUUCAACCUUCUCCAAACUAGAUGUCUACAGCCCAGCCCCUACCAGUCAUAUUGUAUGCAUCAUCAAUUUAUUGCUGACAGGCAAAGUAAAGCACUCAGAACUCAAAGUUUAAUGUUUAUACUCCCACAGUCUAUUAGCCACAAUAUUAAAUAUAUGAAAAUUUCACCGCAAAAACAUUACAAGUAUGAUGCAGUUGCUAUGCUAUUAAGCUUGUUGUAUUUCAAUGUAACGUGUUAACAAUAUACGUAUCAUUCAAGUUGUA